AUGAUUGCCAUCGAUUACAAAGGUGGACUUAUCCAUUGUGAAGCCUCUACUAGCACUCGAGAGCCAGCUUCUAGUGCUCGAGAGCCAGCUGCUAGCGCUCGAGAGCCAGCUUCUAGGGCUCGAGAGCAAGCUUCUAGUGCUCGAGAGCCAGCUGCUAGCGCUCGAGAGCCAGCUGCUAACGCUCGAGAGCCAGCUGCUAGUGCUCGAGAGCCAGCUGCUAGUGCUCAAGAGCCAGCUGCUAGCGCUCGAGAGCCAGCUGCUAGCGCUCGAGAGUCAGCUGCUAGCGCUCGAGAGCCAGCUGCUAACGCUCGAGAUCCAGCUGCUAGCGCUCGAGAGCCAGUUGCUAACACUCGAGAGCCAGCUACUAGCGCUCGAGAGUCAGCUGCUAGCGCUCGAGAGCCAGCUGCUAACGCUCGAGAUCCAGCUGCUAGCGCUCGAGAGCCAGCUGCUAACGCUCAAGAACCAGCUGCUAGUGCUCGAGAGCCAGCUGCUAGUGCUCGAGAGCCAGUUGCUAGCGCUCGAGAGCCAGCUACUAACGCUCGAGAGCCAGCUGCUAACGCUCGAGAACCAGCUGCUAGUGCUCGAAAGCCAGCUGCUAGUGCUCGUGAGCCAGCUGCUAGCGCUCGAGAGUCAGCUGCUAGCGCUCGAGAGCCAGCUGCUAACGCUCGAGAUCCAGCUGCUAGCGCUCGAGAGCCAGCUGCUAACACUCGAGAGCCAGCUACUAGCGCUCGAGAGUCAGCUGCUAGCGCUCGAGAGCCAGCUGCUAACGCUCGAGAUCCAGCUGCUAGCGCUCGAGAGCCAGCUGCUAACGCUCAAGAACCAGCUGCUAGUGCUCGAGAGCCAGUUGCUAGCGCUCGAGAGCCAGCUACUAACGCUCGAGAGCCAGCUGCUAACGCUCAAGAACCAGCUGCUACUUCUAGCGCUCGAGAGCCAGCUGCUAGCGCUCGAGAGCCAGCUGCUAACACUCGAGAGCCAGCUGCUAGCGCUCGAGAGUCAGCUGCUAGCGCUCGAGAGCCAGCUGCUAACGCUCGAGAGCCAGCUGCUAGCGCUCGAGAGUCAGCUGCUAGCGCUCGAGAGCCAGCUGCUAACGCUCGAGAUCCAGCUGCUAGCGCUCGAGAGCCAGCUGCUAACACUCGAGAGCCAGCUGCUAGCGCUAAAGAGCCAGCUGCUAGCGCUCGAGAGCCAGCUGCUAACGCUCGAGAGCCAGCUGCUAGCGCUCGAGAGCCAGCUGCUAACACUCGAGAGCCAGCUGCUAACGCUCGAGAUCCAGCUGCUAGCGCUCGAGAGCCAGCUGCUAGCACUCGAGAGCCAGCUGCUAGCGCUCGAGAGCCAGCUGCUAGCGCUCGAGAGCCAGCUGCUAACGCUCGAGAGCCAGCUGCUAGUGCUCGAGAGCCAGCUGCUAGUACUCGAGAGCCAGCUGCUAACGCUCAAGAACCAGCUGCUAGUGCUCGAGAGCCAGCUGCUAGCGCUCGAGAGCCAGCUGCUAGCGCUCGAGAGCCAGCUGCUAACACUCGAGAGCCAGCUGCUCAACCAACGGGAAAG